GACAAGAAAAGAAGCGAGAAGAAGUAGAAGGUACUUUGCUUGUCCCCAAUGAAGAAAACACAUUCAUAGAGUAUGUAGAUACAAGGUCCAGCAUCGCAACUGCUUCGUCCAGUAUCCCAGACAGCAAUGUCAACCUUGAGAGUAAAACUGCACAAGGUACCAUUGCAUUGGUUCCUGACACACACUCAGUCAGGAGUGUUGCUGUUCAGGCAAAGCCAGAAACCCUUGCAUCCAAAGAAACCUCCACAGAGCCAGAUUUGCAGGUUACUAAAACAGGAACAAACAUUCAAAUGGUGAUCACAAGAACCCUUUGUGCAGAACCAACAAUACAGCAAGGACCAGAUUUGACAUAUACAGCAAAAAGUGAUCCCAGCAAACAAACUGCUGCGGAGGCAAAGAAAGAGGCAGAAACACUGAUUUCAACUCAAAUUAACUGCACAGAUGGUUCAAUCGAGGCUAAGAACCAGGAAUCUGCGCAGGUUGUGUCUUUGGGUCUGGAGACUCGAACAGAAGCAUUUGGGAAUGGAGGGGAAGUUGGGGUUACAGCAUCUGUGUUCCGUGAAUCUGUAAUUCUUAGGUCUGAGGAGGCUCAGGGUAAAGUCUCCUGUGACUUGACUGUGAUGGAUAACAAGGAUGUAGAAAGACCAGAGAUGAAGGGAGAAGUAGUCCAAGUGGAAAGUACUUUGUUUGUCCCAAGCUUAGAACAGAGUUUGGCAUUGUCUAAUGCAUCCAAUAGUGAAUUAAACAAACUCAUAGAAGAUGCAGAGAUAGGAUCAUCUGGCAGUCCAGACAUCAAUGACUUUGAGAGUAAAACUGCAAGUAUAGAGCGUUUGAGGAAAGUAGAAUCAGAGGUGGACAAGAGGAAAGUACUCAUUGGUUUUCAUGAUACAAACAAGGUUAAGGACGACUCUACUAAUAUGGGCAAUCAGUCAAAAAAGUGUGCAGGUGGAACAGAUUCUGUUGUGGCUUUGAGUUCUUCCGACACUGAAGAGCUGCUAAAUCCAAGAGAGGCUCAUGUAUCUGCAAGCCCAACAAAGCCAGACGUAUGUCUGAGCCUCAUUGAAAAAGAGUUGUUAAUGAGUACCACAGAUCAAAUAUUUCGUCCAGUUGAUCUCGAAGAGCAUAUUACAAGUCCUGAUUCUCUUUUGAGUCCAAAUGACUCAGAACAAUGUUUCAGUCCAGUUGAGGCUAACACGUGUCUGAGUCCAAAUGGGAUAGAAGAAGAUGAAGAAGUAUCCUUGUGUCUAACUGAGGCAAAUGCAGUUGUGAGACCAGUUGAAAAAUACCUUCUCUCGACAAAAGAGGAAGGCCAGUCCCUGUCGUUUGGUAAAGAUCAGGGUUUGCCAGAACAGGACAGAAAUGGAAAAGUCAGCAUUUCAGUGAGAGAUGUGGACAGUUUGUGCUUUGGAUCAUUUGAAGGUAGUAAAGAAAGUAGAGGUACUGUAAAUGGUACAAUCAAUCGUAAACCUACCGGUGAAGGAAUCAGCCUUCAACUUGGAGGCACAGCAGAUAACAAGGCUGUCCAGAAUCAAGGUGGCAGUCCAGAAUGCAGGUAUGGUUCGGAAAAUCAGAAAGAGACUUAUAAAUCUGCUAGCUUUGGUAGUGUCCCUGCAAAAGCAGGAACUACCAUUAGCAGUGUGGCAACUACUUCAGGAAGUAUUACUACUAGCAACAGUGGUAUAGCAACUAGUUCAUCAGGUAAAGUCAGUGGCAAUGCAGGAGUUUCUGUGAAUGCAGAGGUACAGGAUAGAUUCCGAUGUGGCAGUGGAGAGCUGAUGGUUUAUGGGGGCAUUCUGGGGCAUAAACCAAUGAGCUCACCCAAGACAGGGCGCAAAGAAAGCCUGUCAGGAACAACAAGCCAGCAAGAAAGAGGGAGAUUCAGCAGUAGAGGAAGUGCAGAGUGGAUGGUUCAUGGUAGCACUAGCUUAACCAGCAAAGGAAAAGAAAAAGGCUCAUCAGUGACCCCAAAUCCUGCAACAAACCCGCAAGAAACAGUGAGAUUUGGAAGCAGAGGAAGUGGAAACAGCUUACACAGGACAAGGAGUGAGGAAAGCACAUCAGUGCUCCUUGCAACAAGUCCGCCAGAAAAAGGAAGGUUUGGCAGUGAAGGGAGUGGAGAGUGGAGAGUCUAUGGUGGGAGUCCUGGACGUAUCAGCAGUUGGGCUGGCAGCAAAAGUUUACCCAAAGCAAACAGGAAGGACAUUCCAUCAGAUGCUGCAAAACUACCUACUAGCCCACCAGGAUCACAAGGAGGGGGGAGGUUCAGCAGUGGAGGCAGUGGAGAGUGGAGAGUCUAUGGUGGGAGCUCUGGACGUAUGAGCAGUUGGCCUGGAAGCAAUAACUUACCCAAAGCAGACAGGGAAGACGUAACAUCAGUGGUUGCAAAACUACCUACUAGCCCACCAGGAUCACAAGGAGGAGGGAGGUUUAGUAGUGGAGGCAGUGGGGGGAGUGGAGAGUGGAGAGUCUAUGGUGGGAGCUCUGGACGUAUGAGCAGCUGGCCUGGCAGCAAUAACUUACCCAAAGCAGACAGGGAAGAAAUCCCAGCAGAUGCAAAGCUAGUGACAAGCCCACCAGGAUCAGUGGGAGGGCGGUUUGGUAGUGGAGGGAGUGGAGAGUGGAGAGUUUAUGGUGGGAGUUCUGGACAUUUGAGUAGUGCCAGUGGCGCAGACAGGGUCAGUGGAACGAGUCAUAACCAAAUAAUCAGUCCGCCAAGCAGCCUCACAAGUAGCAGACAAAGACUCAGUAGUGUUGGUCGGCUCAGCUCAGGUGGUGUUGUCAGGCGUAGCAGCAGCGUCGGUAGUGGUGGUAGGUUAAGUGGCUCAGGUAGUAGUGGCAGGCUUAGCGGCUCGUCUGGGAGCCACAGGACUAGCACCUCGGGGAGAUACGCUAGUACUGGCAGCGGUGAAUGGAAGCCUGUCUACAGCUCAGCUUCAGCACAUAGGAGCAGCGUGGGGAGUACAGGACGACCAGGUGCUGGGGGGGCAAUUGGCAGCCAAAGAGCCCCGAGCCCUGGCGGGAAGAUGAGUGUCAGCAUGGGCAGCAGUAGCUCCUCUGGGUCAGGGAGGACCAACAGUGCGGGUGGGAGGGUCAUUAGCAGCAGCGACCGGCCAAUCAGGAGCACCGGCAGCGGAGCUGGAGGCAUCAAGGAGAGGAUCAGCGUUUGUAAGAUGGCAGCUCUGUCGAUCUCAGCAGCAGGGAGGGAGAGAAGUCAGGACAGACAGAGACAACAACAACAACAACAGACUGCAGGCACCUCUCCUCUCCUCCAGCGGUGGCUGUCCACAGGGUUUGGGGUGAAAAGUGCCGGAGCAGAGUGACACCAUGCUUUAACCCUGAACUCACCUGAACUCACCUGAACACACCUGAACACACCUGAACACACCUAAUCACACCUGGUAACACCUGCACUCCUUCACAGAUAACAUAAUAAUAGCAGUGGUGGGGAAAGUAUUGAGAUCAUUUACUUAAGUAGAAGUAUUGAUACUCCACUACUAGUAAAAUAAUGGGAUACAUGAGCACAAAAUUGCUGAAAGCAUCAAAACUAAAAGCAUUCGAUACAGAAUAAUUUCUUUUUGUCUGACAUGUUUCUUUGUAAUGUGGAGUAGAACUACACAGUAACAUAAGUGGAAAUACUCAAGUAGAGGUACCUUGAAAGUACUCGAGUAAAUGUACUCAGUCACUUCUCACCACCGACUUAUACAAAUAUAUAAAUCAUUGUGCUUGUGUGUUUUAUUCAGUUUUUUAAAUUUCCCCCCCAAAAGUCUUGAAUGCUUCCUGUUUGUUUUAACUUUAAAGAAUCAAUUUUAAAAAUCCUGAAGAUUUAUUGAUUUUGCAGCAACUUGUUUUUAAUAAUCAGAACCUCAGUUUCAUGUUCUGUCACUCGAGAUAUCUUCUGUGGUGUUUCCUCACUGGUUUAUGAUAUAUUAUAUAUAAUGAUAUAAUCACGCUGUAGGUUACAUGUUUGUUCUCUUUAUUAUAAACUUUAUUCUUCUCAUGUG